AUGAACUCAAAUAAAAAUUUUGUUAAUAAAUUAUAUGGAUAUUAUAGGGAAAAUGAUAACUAUAAUAAGAAAAGAAUAUUCAUAUAUGAAAACACCGUUUAUUAUACUCCUGAUGAUUGUGUAUUUUGUACACAAUUAAAUUGUACCAUUAAAAAGAGAUGGGAUAAAAAGAAGAAAAAAAAAUUAAAAUCAACUGAGAAAGAAGAAUAUUUUAAAGAUUAUAAAUACUUCGAAACGGAGAAUAAUGAUAAUACUGAUGAAUAUUAUAAAAAUGAUGAAGAAGAAAAUGAAGCUUCCGAUUUAAUGAUAACAUAUUGUGAUAGGCAUGUAAGCCUUAUAAAUAUUUUAGUUAAUAUGUUUAAGAUAUAUAAUAAAAAAAAAACAUAUUUAAAUGUUACGUUAAACAUAAAUUACGUUUUCCUUCAAAUUAUAUAUAAUAUUAUUUUAUAUUUUGUUUACGUAUAUAUAUAUUAUACCAAAUAUAUAUAUUAUAUAUUAAGAACAUAUUUGUUCCUAUUAUUAUAUAAUAGUUUUCAUAUCAUACGGGAAAAUUGUUAUUAUCCGAAUAUCCUUUUGUAUAAUUAUUAUAGAAACAAAAUAAAGAAGGAUAUUCUACAACAAUGGAAAAUGAAAAAAAAGAAAAAGAAGAAAAAAAGAAAGAAAAAAAAACAUUCUCUUUUCCUAUGUAAGAAAAAUAUGAGGGACACAAAGAGUAAUCGUUUUGUUAGAAACUAUUCAUAUAAAAUUAUAAAGGAUUCAUAUACCAAUCACGUUGAUGAUGUUUUAAUUAAAUUUUUAUUAUAUAUGUUUUAUGAAAAAUUCAUAAAUAAAUUUAAUAAAAAUUUUAAUAUACAUCAUCAUCAUCAUCAUCAUGUUUAUAAAAAAAUAUAUCAUUAUAAGAUAAAAGAAGGAAUGCUUCCAUUUUUGUGUGAUCAUAUGUUCAAGUGUAAUUACAAUUUAUUGUAUAUCUUUAACAGAUACAAUUUCCAAUUUAAUGCAUACAUAUUAUUAAAUUGUAAAGAAAAGAACAGUGAACAAAUAUUUAUAUUUUUUAACAAGAAAUUGUUAAUUAAAAAAGAUUAUGUUAUAAGCAACCUGCUUUAUGUUAUUAAUAAUAUUAGGGGGGAAAUAAAUAAAAUAAAAAUAAUAUAUGAUGAUGCAAAAAAAUGUUAUUUUAUAUUUUAUAAAAACAAAUGUACCUCUUGUCUUAUAACACAUAAUAUUUUAAAUGUACCAAUUGAAGUUAUUAAAAAAAAAGGUGGUAAUAUUUAUUUUGAGAAACCAAAAACUAAUAUAAAAAAUGAGGACGUCAAUUGUAAGUAUAAUAAAAUAUUUUAUAAAUAUUAUAUAAGUGUGAUAAAUGAUAUGUUAUGUAUAUCAAAAAAUAAUAUGAUUAUUAAAAAUAUUGAUAGUAUAAAUAAAAAUCAUAAAAGGCUAAUAAAAAUAUCUAAUUAUAAUAUAACAAAUGUUUGUAUGUUUUUAUUAUUACCUGAGAUUUUUUGUAAAUAUUAUAAAAAAGGAGAUAGAAAAAAGAAGAAAAAGAAAAAUGUAAAAAAGAUAAUAUUUAAAAAGAGAAGAGUGAAUAUUAAGUCGUAUAAGAUAUUAUUAAAAUGUGAAAUCCUAACACAUUUUAAUUUUUUGAAUGUAAUUAAUUGUGAUAGAUAUAUCUAUCAAAAUAAUUUGUAUAAUAAUUUAGUUGGGUUAAUAAAAGGAUCUUAUAUGAAAACAUGUACAAAUGAUGAGACAAAUAGAAAUGAUGGAGAUAUAAAUAAUAAAAAUGGUUAUAAUAAUAAUGAACAUAGUAAUAAUAGUAAUGACAGAAGUAAUAACAAUGGUGGUAAUAAUAAUAACAAUAAUAAUAAUAAUAAUAAUAAUAAUAAUAACGGAUCAAAUAAUGAAAAUGGUAAUAAUAGUAAUAAUGAUGAAAAUGAUAAGGAUGACGAUAAAAAAGGAAAUGAUAAAAAAAAUGAGGACAAAGAAGAUAAGAAUAAAAGUGAUGAUGAUAAUGAUGAUGAGAAAAAAAAUGGUGAUGGUUUGAAUCGUUCCUUUGAUACCAAGAAAAGGAAAGAAAAGAAUAAGAACAAGAAUAAAAUGAAAUCAGAUAACACAUUAAAUGAAAAUGUAAAAGAAUUAUUAUUUGAUAAAGAAGGAAAAAGUUAUACAUGUACUAAUAAUGAUUUAAGUCUAGUAAAUAAUACAAUAUGUGAAUCAAUUAAAAAGAGAAAAAGUAAUAGAGGAGAAAAGAGAAAUUAUAAUAAUGAAAAAAAUGAUAAGAAUUCAUUAAAUAAUGUUAUAGCUGAAAAUGCAUAUAAAAUUAUAAAAAAUGGUAGAUUAUAUAAACCUACUGAACCAGUUAAUAUAUUUCGAUCACAUAAUAAAUUUAUGUUAAAAGAAAUGAUGUGGAUGAGUAUAGAUUAUUAUGAAGAAAAGAGAUGGAAAAAAAAUGUUUCAAAAAAAUUUGGAUAUUUAAUGAGUAACCAUUUUGAAGAAAAAAAAAAAAAUGAUAAAUAUUUUAUUUCUUCUCAAAUAUCAAAUGAUAUUAAAAUGUUUUGGUUUUUUAUGUUAAAUGAAAUCAGACCAGAUUUAGUUCCAGUAGAUUUAGAUCAUAAGAUAAAAAAUAAAAGUCACUUAAAGAACGAUUUUUUGAAUUCGUUUAGAAAAAAUCUACAAAUAGAGGAAUAUAAUCUUGAGAUGGAUGAUAAUAAUCAAUAUUCCUUUAAUCAACAUGAUGGAAUAAAUGAGGAAUCAUCUGUACAAAAUAAGAGUGAGAAGAAUAGUUUUUCUAUAAAUACAACUAUUCAUGAUAAUUGGGGAUUAAUGAAUAAGAUGAGUCAUCAAAAUGGAAAAAAUAAUAACAAUAAUGAUUAUAAUAACAAAUGUGAUGACAAUAAAAAUAAUGAUUAUAAUAACAAAUGUGAUGAUAAUAAAAAUAAUGAUUAUAAUAACAAAUGUGAUGAUAAUAAAAAUAAUGAUUAUAAUAACAAAUGUGAUGAUAAUAAAAAUAAUGAUUAUAAUAACAAUAUAAAUGUAAUGAAAAAAAAGAAUAUCAUAGAUUAUGAAAAUUAUGAUCAAAUUGUUAUGAAUAUAGAAGAAAAUGUUAAUAAAGAAUUAUUGAAAAAACAUAAAAUAUAUAAAGAGGAUUAUUAUACUGUUGAAAAUGUUCAUAUAAACCAUAUACAAUAUGAUGAUAAUAAUUUAUAUUAUAAUGAUGAUCUAUAUAAUUAUUAUCAAUCUAAAAAUGAUGAUGGAUAUUUAGAUUUAAGUAAUCAUUUAUAUAUUUAUUGUUUACUUUUUAUAAGUAUUUCUCUUAUCGAAAUUAAUGAACAUAUUAAUUUUUCUAGACUUGAUAGUAACGUUCCUAAUGAUGUAGAUAACGCAAUGUUAGAAGGUGAACAAAAUAAUAGUAAUAACAGCAACAACAAUAAUAAUAAUAAUAAUAAUAAUAAUUAUAAUAAUUAUAAUAAUGAUAUUUUUGUUAAUUAUAUGAAUGCAUAUAAUAAUGGAGAAUUAUUUUGUAAUAAUACACAAAGAGAUAAUAUUAAAUUUUCACAAUAUGGUACAUUUAAAAAAAUAAAAAACGAAUUUGAAGAUUUCAGAGAAUUGAAAAAGAAAAAGAAAAUAGAUAUGUUGAGAAAUAACAAAGAUAAUUUAUUAAGUAAUGUGGAGAACAUUAAUUUAGAUAUCAUAAGAAAAGGUAAUAAUGAAUUUAAAGAAAACAAAAUUGUUUUGAAUAAUGAUAAUAAUGUAUGCGAUCCGAGUGUAAAAAGAAAUAGCAUUAUGGAUAAAGAUAUAUAUGAAAAUGAAAAAGACAUUAAUAAUUGUGAAAAUAACAUAUUAAGAGGAAAACAAGAAAACAUAAAAAAUUAUGAAGAAAACAAAAUGAUAGAAACGUAUUAUGAUGAAAUGUUACUAAAGAAGAAGAAUAUAAACCAAUUACAAUUAAUAUCAGAAGAGAUGUUAUUAUCCAAAAGGGAGAAUGAUAAUGGUAAUGAGUAUAAGAAUAAGAAUAAUAUAGAUCAAUAUGAUGAAGAAGAAAAUUAUAAUGGAUAUGAUAAAUUAAAUAAAUAUGUAAAUAAAAGAAUAUUAUCCAUUGAUAAUAAUAAUAAUAAUAAUAAUAAUAUUGAAAAUAAAUUGGAUUCAUUUGUUGUACAUAAAAAUAUGAACAAUAGUAAUAUUUAUAAUAUUCUCAGUGUACCUUCAUUGAAUAACACAGAUGUAAAAGACCUAGUUGUUAUACCCUAUUCAUAUGAUAAUAAUAAUAAUAAUAAUAAUAAUAAUAAUAAUAAUAAUAAUAGUAAUAGUAAUAUAAAAACGAAAGAACCAGUUGGUACUACUAAUCAUAAUAGUAGUAGUAAUAAUAUAAUAUAUGAAAAUAUUAAAAACGAUUAUAUUAAUGAAAUAAAAGAAAAAAAUGUAAAUGUUUAUUUACACAAUAUGGAGUUGUAUGGAGGAAUACCAUAUCCCUUUGAAUACAAAUAUAUUGAUGAUUUUUAUGAUGACAUUAAUUUGCCUUUAAUGAAUUUAGCUGAAUAUGAUAAGUACACUUUUUUCUUAUAUUUAUUUUAUAUGAAAAAUUCUUCUUAUAUAUUAAAGAAACAAAUGAAAAAGGAUAAAAGGAAACGUAAGAAAGAAUUCACUGAUGUACUUUUAACAAAAAAAAGAACACCUAAGAGGAAAAUAAACAAAUUAGAAAAUGAAAAGAAAAUAGAACAAAUAGAAGAUGCUGAAAAGAUUUUAAGUUCAGAAAAAGUAGUUGAUGGAGAAAAUAUAUUAAAAGUCAUAAAUGAUCAAAAUAAUUUAUCAAAUGAAGUUAAUAUUAUUAAAGACGUAAUUGUUUCAGGUACAAAAAUUAAUAGCAAAAAUGAGGACAAAAAUGAUGAAAAAAAUGAUGAAAAAAAUGAUGAAAAAAAUGAUAAAAAAAAUGACAAAAAUGAUGGAAAAAUUGACAAUAAUGAUGAAAAGGAUGAUAACAAAAUUGGAGAAAAAGAUUUUGAUAAAAUUAACGAAAAAGAUGAUAACAAAAUUAAUGAUAAAGAAAUCGUUGGUACUGUUUUAAAGACAAGUACUAAGAAUAAGACUAAAAAUAAAUUGAAAAAUAAAGAUGGUUAUGUUAUUAAAAAAGAACAUUUAGGAGAUUUAGAAGAACGACAACAAAAGAAAAUUAAAAAGAAAGAAAUGGAAAGUAUUAAAAAAUGGAAAGAGAAAAAAGACGAAUGGGAAUUAGAAGAAACAAAUUUCCUUCUUAUAUUAACAAAAACGUAUAUGAAUUAUAUUAACAUAGAUGAAAUAAUUAAGAAGGAAUAUGGCAUAUCAUUAAAUAGCUGCACCGCAUUAGGAGACAUAAAAAAUAAGAAUAAUAUGAAUAAUAUGAAUAAUAUAGAUGAAACAGAUAAUGGGAAUAAUAUAAAUAUUGAAAAUAAUGUAUAUAAUAGUAAUAAUAGCAAUAUUAAUAAUGUUGUGGAAAUAAAAAAUGCGAAUAAUAGUAAAACAAAGGAACAUGAAGAAAUUAAUAAUGAUAACUCAAAUGUAGAAAAUAAAAAUGUAACGAAUGAUUUUAUAAAAAAAUAUAAAGGACAUGAAUAUAUCAUGUCUUUUAAUAAAUUUGAAAAUAAUAUAAAUAAUAAGUUGAAGAAUUAUACCGAUUUUAUAAAUUGGAAUAUUAUAUCGGUAGCUUUAGUAUCAUAUAAUAAAAUAAGUCAUUUAUAUGAAAAGAAAAGAGGACCGAAUGAAUGUAAAGAAAAAUUUCUAUCAUUAAUAAAAGAUGAUAUAUAUAAAAUUACCAAGUUGCAAAACCUGUAUCAUGAUUAUUAUUUGAAUAAUAUAAAAAAUAAUAAUAGCAUGAAAAGAAAAAAGAAAAAAUGUAUGACCAAAGUAAAGUUCUUGCCAUUAUUUUCAUCAAAUAAUGUGAAUAAAUUAAUAGGUAUGUUUAAUAAAUAUAUGAAUGAAAAAUUAAAGCAAUAUGAAUUAAAAAAAAUGGAUAUGAAUAAUAAUAAAACCGAAACAUUAAAAGUGAAGAAUAUAAUAAUAAAGAAUGAAAAAAUUGAAGAAAAAAAGCAUGAUGAGGAAAUAAAUAUAUUAAAUAAAAAUGAUGAUAAAAUAAAUGAAUAUAAAGAUGAGUUAAACCUUAAAGAUGAAGAUAUUCAUUUAAUAAAAAAAGUAAAAAAAAAAUCCAAUAUUAUAAAAAAAAAGAAAAAAGGUUUUUUUCAUAAUCUUUUUAGUACAUUUUCUGGAAAAAAAAGUCGAGAAAGCUCAGAAGAAGAUACUGAUUGUGGUAGAGAUAGUUUUUUUAGUUGUAGUGAUGUAGAGAUUUCUGCAACAAAAUUAGAUGAUUCAUGCAUAUCAUUUAGUAAUAAUAAAAAGAAAAGAGCAAAGAAAAAUAUAAAACUUGGUGAAGAAGAAAAUGAAAGUGAAUGUAACAAUGAAGGUGAAAUUGCAAGUACUAAAAAAGGAUUAUUAGAUAUUAAUAAUAAAAUUAAUGAUGAGAAUGAUAAUCAUAAUUUUAAUAAGAAGAGAAGUAGUAGUAACUAUUAUUUUGAUGAUUAUUUUGAUGAACAUUUUGAAGAUUAUUUAGAUGAUUAUUUUGAAGAUGAAUGGGAUGAUUAUGUGGACGAAAAUUUUGUUGAUAACUCUGAUGAAUUUUUUGAAGAAGAUGUAAAUGAAUUUAAAAAAAUAAAUAAUAUUGAUGAGAAUACAUUUAAUAAUAUUAGCACAGAUAUUAUAAAAAAAAAAAAUGAGAAAAAUAAUAUAGAACAUAUGAAAGAAUUGAAUAAUAACUAUGUUGAUGAAAAUUCUCACAUAGAAAAAAACGAACAAACCAUUUGUGUAAAUAUAAAAAAUAGUACAAAUGAAAAUAAUAAUAUAUUAAUAAACAAUGAUACAUUUAAAUCGAAAGAUGAAAAAAAAGAUACAUAUAAUAAGGAAGUAUGUGUAAAUAGUAUAUCACAAUUAAUAAUAUAUAAUAAAUGUAAAGAUGAUGAAUAUAUAUAUGAUUUGAAUUAUAUUUUAAAAAAUAGAGAUAAGAUAAAAAAAUGGUUGAAUUGUAUAUGUAAGAAUAAAAAAAAUAUAAGAGAAUUUAUGAAUAUAAUAAAUAAUGAUUAUUUUGUUAAAAAUAAAUAUUUUCAUAGAUUGAUUGAAAGUGUUGUAAAUAAUAUAAGUAAGGAACAAGCAUCAUUUGCAUAUUCUAAUAAUAUGAUAAUAAAUUCAUUAAAUAAAGAACCAGAUUAUGAAUUAACAUAUAGAGAAAAUAGCAAUGAUACAAAUACAAAUAUAAAUAAUCCUUUAGAUAAUGAAUUUAUUAAAAUGAUAAGAAAAAUAAUGGAAUAUGAUAAAAAGAGAAAAUUAAAAAGUAUACAAAAAUUAAAAAAUAUAUCAAAUAAUUAUAGUUAUAAUACAAUUAAUGAAUUUUAUAUAUCAAAACCAAAUGAAUCAUAUAAUAAAGUAAAUGAAUUUGUUCAGAAAAUAUUGAAUUAUGUACCUUAUGUAGAUGAUAAGAAAAAAAUUAUUAUAAAAAAAAUUAGGAAAAGAUUUCAAUGUAAAAAUCUUAUAACACAAAUUUUAUUAGCUGAUUAUAUAUUAGAUAAAUUAAAAAAUUUCCCAAUUAAUGAAUCUAUAGAAUCAUCUAAAAAUAAUAAUAAAACAAUUGAUAUGUUAUUAUCUGAAACACGAUUAAAAGCUUAUAGUAAAUAUAUUAAUGAACAUUUUAAUGAUAAUUACGAUCCAGUUAAAAUUGAAACAUCAUUUUUAAAAAUGUUUUCGUCUGAAAAUGAUGAAUUAUAUAAAAAGAAUAUAUUGAAUAGUAAUAAAGAAUUAACAGGCAUAAAUAUUAAGUCUGAAGAAGUCACACUAAAUAAAUCUAUCCAAGAAGCGACAAAUACUGUAUUAAAAGAUACUAUUAUUGAAUCAAAUGAAAUAUCAUGCAUUGUUGAUAAAACGGUAGAUAUAAAUAAUGAACAAAAUGAUAAAAAACAUGACACUUCCCCUGCAGAUAUUAAUAAUAAGGACUAUAUUGGAUAUAUGCAUGUUAAUAAGAAAGAAUUGGUAUCUCUACAAAAUUCUUUUAACCCUUCAGAUAUAAUUCAACAAUGUGUUAAUAAGGUUGAAGUGUAUAAUAAAGAUGUAUGUCAGAUCAAUGGAUACAUGAAUAUCAAUGAUGAUAAUAAAAUGAAUAAUUUUGUAAAUAACAAUAUAAUUCCUAUCGAUAAUAAUGUGAAUAAUGUGAAUAAUGUGAAUAAUAUAAAUAAUAAUAAUAUUGUGAACCAUUUAAAUAAUAAUAAUGCGAAUAAUAUAAAUAAUAAUAAUAUUGUGAACCAUUUAAAUAAUAAUAUAAGCCAAAUUAAUAAUAAUUAUAAUAAUAGUAAUAUGAGUAGUAUUUAUAUCGCAUCUGAUCAAAAUGAACAUUUUAAUAAAAUGACAAUGAUGGAAAAACAGGAUCCAAUGGAUAACACAAAACAACGUUCACACUCAUCAUAUCACACAUCUUUUCAUAUGCAAAAUAAUAAUACGCCAUUAUACAAUAAAUUGGAAGGAGAUCAAAUUAAAUUAUCAAAAUAUAAUAGUUUAGAAUCUAAUAAGAAUAAUAUAGAUAUCAAUUCAACUAAUAACAAUGCAACCAAAAUAAAAGAUAACGUAAUUAAAGCAAAUAAUAAAGGAUCAACAAGAGGCAAGAGACAAACCUUAUCAUUAGUUAAACCACAUAAGGAAAGUGAACAUGUUCAAGAUUCCUCUGUAAUAAAUCAACCAGUAAAAAAUGUAUCGUCCAAAGGGGAGGAAAUUAUAUUAGGUAAUAAUAGGAAGAAGUCACAACCAAUUAAAAAUUUAGAUAUUACAAAUAAAAUGACAAAAUAUAAAACUUCUGUUAGUUCAUCCAUUUUAUCUUCAGAUAAGAUAAAGAACAACAAUAUUUUAAAUACUGUACAAAAUGAAAGUGCAUAUUUAUCCAGCAAAUUUAAUUCCAACGUGCAAACGUUAAAUAAUAAUGUGAAUAAUAAUGUGAAUAAUAAUGUGAAUAAUAAUGUGAAUAAUAAUGUGAAUAAUAAUAUGAAUAGUAAUAUGAGUAAUAAUAUGAAUAGUAAUAUGAGUAAUAAUAUGAAUAGUAAUAUGAAUAGUAAUAUCCACGUUAUGGAUCAAGGCUCUUUUUUCACGCCCAAUACGGUAAAUAGAGAAGUUAAUAAUUUAUUAAAUGAAGAACAAAGAAUAAAUACAAACGUUAUAAGUAGUCAUUAUAAUUCUAUAGUAUCAAGUACACAAUUUAUAAAUGAUAGAGGAAAUUACACAAACAGAAUACAAAAAAUAUUAAGUAAUAAUAAAUAUAGUAUAACUCCUAUGAAAAAUAAUAUAACCCAUGAAAAUAUGAAUAAUUGUAUAGUUAAUCAUCAAACACCAAAUAAAAACAUACAAGAAUAUUAUAUUCCAAAUGCAUCACCAAAUAAAUUAAAUAAAAGAAUAUCAAAUGUAGAUAUGAUGAAAUCAAAUACGUCAUCUAUAUUAUAUCCACAAGCACAUAAUUCGGUUUCGUCUAAUAUUAAUAAUGUAUCUGAAACUCUACAAAAUGUGAAUGCAUUGCAUGCUUCAAAGAAAUAUCAUAUGAGCAAUUCUAAUGAUAUUUGCACAAAUAUAAAUAACAACAAUAAUAAUAAUAAUAAUAUGCAUCAUAAUAGUAUGAAUCUGAAUAAUAUGAAUACUAUUAAUAUGAAUAAUGUUAAUAUGAAUAAUAUCAAUAUGAAUAAUAUCAAUAUGAAUAAUAUUAAUAUGAAUAAUAUCAAUAUGAAUAAUACUAAUAAUAAUGUGAAUAAUAUUAAUAUGAAUAAUAUUAACAGUAAUGUAAAUAAUAUUAAUAAUUCUAUGAAUAAUAUUAAUAUUAAUAUUAGUAAUAAUAUUAAUUAUAAUAUUAGUAAUAAUUAUAAUAACAGUGUAAGUAUGUACAAUAUUCCAAAUCAGGAAGAUGAUAAAUUUAUAUCACCCUUACAUUCUUCAAUGCAAAAUAAUAAAUAUAUGCCUAUAAUAAAUCGUAAUAAUAGUAGUAUGUCGUAUAAUAAAACACCCAUAUGUGAUAGUGUUGAAUUACCAAUAAAACAAAUGUCAGGAAAUAUUUCAAAUAAUUGUAAUGCUUCUAUGCAAUUAGAAGUUUCAUCCAAUAGUUCAUCAAAGAAAUUACAACAUACCAUAGGUAGUAAUACAAUCAAUACGGAUAAAAAAUCCUUAUUAAUGUAUAUAGAAAAUAGAGCAAGAACUGGAUCAUCAUCUAUAAAUAAAAUAAAUGAUGAUAUGUUCUCUAUAAAAUCAUCAACUCCAAGUAAUUAUCCUGCGUCCUAUACAACACAUCAACAAUUUAUAUUAGAAAGUGAAAACAAGUCAAAUUUAUAUCAUGACCAAAUAUUAAAUCAAGAUGUUAUAAUGGAUAAUAAAAAUGUACAAAAUUUUACAUAUGCUCCAUGUUCUAAUAGUCUCAAUAACAAUUUAAAAAAUACAAAUACUAUGAAUAAUGAAACACGAUCGAAUAUCAUUUCAAAUUAUAAACAGGUGAAAUAUUCAAAUAUAAGUGUAAAUAAUACACCUAAUAAUGUAGUUGUGCAAACUCAAAAUAUGGCAGUACAAAAUAAUGCAAAAAAGUCCUUAAACGGUUCGACUACACACCCAAUAGUAAAUCGAACAAAUAUGGAAAAUAUAGACCUUAUAAAAUUAGCUAAUGAUCCAUUAAACAUUCAUAGAAACGGUAUGCAUAUGGGAAACAUGAAGAAUGAUAAUAUAGAAGAAAAGAAAAAUGUAUCAUCAAAUAUAAGAAGUAUAGCAGAUAAUUCUGAACGAUUACAAAAUAUACAUUUAGGAAAUCAACAAAAUGAUAUACAACAUAUGAAUUUGGAUAACAUAAAUAAUAAUAAUAAUAAUAAUUUGAAGAUGAAGAAAAAGAGUAAAAAUAACAUUAAUAUAAAUAAUAACCCUAGUAAUAAUCUUAAUAAUAAUGGACAAAUUGAUAAUACCUAUUUAAAUGUAUCACCAACCAUUUCAAAUUCAUUACAACAAACAAAUAUGUACCAAAGUGAUAUGAAAAAUAGUAUUAUAUAUAAUAGUAGUAUACAAGAAAAAGAUCCAAAUAAUAGAAAUUUUAACACACAAGGAAAUAAUGUGCAAACUAUGAAUCAACCAAAUGGUAACGUAUACAAUGUAAAUGUGCAAAAUAGGAAACAAUCCAAUUUAAAUCAAUAUGUCAAUCCUAUGAAUUUCUUAAUACAAGUUUUAAAUAAAUGUAAUAGUAAUACGAAUGGUCAAGGUAAAUCAAGUGCAAGUAAUGUUAAUGUGAAUUAUGCUAAUGUAAAUAGUGCUUCCUUGAACCAGCCAAAUAUAAACAAUGUUGGUAUAAAUCACCCAAAUAUAAACAAUGUUAGUAUGAAUCAGCCAAAUAUAAACAACGUUAGUAUGAACCAGCCAAAUAUAAACAACGUUAGUAUGAACCAGCCAAAUAUAAACAACGUUAGUAUGAACCAGCCAAAUAUAAACAACGUUAGUAUGAACCAGCCAAAUACAAACAAUUUUAGUAUGAACCAUCCAAAUACAAACAAUUUUAGUAUGAAUCAGACAAGUACAAACAAUUUUAGUAUGAAUCAGACAAGUACAAACAAUUUUAAUAUGAACAAACCAAGUACAAGCAGUUUUAGUAUGAACAAACCAAGUACAAGCAGUUUUAGUAUGAACAAACCAAGUACAAACAAUUUUAGUAUGAACAAGCCAAGUACAAACAAUUUUAGUAUGAACAAGUCAAGUACAAACAAUUUUAGUAUAAACCAGACAAGUGCAAACAAUAUUAGUAUGCAUCAGCCAAGUACAAACAAUUUUAGUACGAACAAACCAAGUACAAACAAUUUUAGUAUGAACAAAUCAAGUACAAACAAUUUUAGUAUGAACCAGCCAAAUAUAAAUAAUAUUAUUAUGAACCAACCCAAUACAAAUAAUGUUCAUAUGAAUAAUCUAAAUAUGAACCAAUCUAGUAUGAAUCAUACAAAUAUGACAAGUCCAAUAUUUAAUCAAUCAAAUUCUUCUAAACAAAGCGUUAACGAAAAUGCUUUUGUACCCCCUGCAUAUCAUACGUCAAAUAUAAUUCAAAAGAAUGCAACCUCAGUAUAUAAUGAUAAUUUUAAUAAUCCUAAUGUGGUGAAUGUGGGAUUAAAGAAUACUAUGACAAAAAAUAUUAUACAAAGAGUACCUCAAAAAAAAGGAUAUUCUACUCAUGAUAUGAACCAACAAGAGAGAUUACAACAAGAAAGGUUGCAACAAGAAAGAUUACAACAAGAGAGAUUACAACAAGAAAGGUUGCAACAAGAAAGAUUACAGCAAGAAAGAUUGCAACAAGAAAGAUUACAACAAGAAAGAUUACAACAAGAAAGAUUACAACAAGAAAGGUUGCAACAAGAAAGAUUACAGCAAAAAUGGGAACAACAAAAAAUACAUCAAGAAUUAUAUCAAAAAUCACAUAAUGAUAAGGAAAGUGAAACUAAUAAUUCUUCAUCUUAUCAAGAUUUAAAUAAUCACACUUUACAAGAAAAUACAAUUGCAAAGGAUUCAAUGAGACAACACAUAUUCUUAAAAACAAGGCAACAAGAAAAUAUACCAAAAGAGUUGCAAAAAAUGCAUUCUCAUCAAUUACAAACAGAAAAGAUGAAAACCCAACAAUUAUCUGCACAUUCUUUACAACAACAAAUGUAUCCGCAGCAAAUGACAUCACAGGUACAUUCAUCCUUUCACGCGCAAAAAAUUAAACAGCAGUUACAACAACAAAUGAAUCAUCAACAAAUAAAUAAACAUCAAAUGAAUCAGCAGCAAAUGAAUAAGCAACAAAUGAAUCAACAACAAAUAAAUCAACAACAAAUAAAUCAACAACAAAUAAAUCAACAACAAAUAAAUCAACAACAAAUAAAUCAACAACAAAUAAAUCAACAACAAAUAAAUCAACAACAAAUAAAUCAACAACAAAUAAAUCAACAACAAAUAAAUCAGCAACAAAUAAAUCAACAAUCAAUGAAUAAAUAUCCAUAUCAAGCACAAGAAAUAAAAAAGCAUAUGGAUCAACUACAACAAAAUGUAUCAAUAGUGACACAACAAAAAAUGCAGCCAAUUUAUUCUGUGAAACAAAACAUGCCAUUUAAUGAGGAAAAUGAAAUGAAAAGAAACACAAGGAAAAUAACUUUACCAAUGACUCACCAAAUCCCCAAUGUACCUAACAUACAACAACAAAUAAAUAAUAAAAUGGAUGAAAGGAUGUCAACAGAAAAUAUAAAUGAGAAUAACUUAUAUAAUAUGAUGAAUAGAAAAUUAUCUACCUCUAUAAAUAAAUUUAACAAUCAUGAUCAGUAUUACCCAUAUGAUUCUUAUCAACAACAACAAUUACAAGGGAAUAAUAUUAAUGUUAUGGAUAUUAGAAAUGUUGAUAAAAAUGAAAAUAAUAUAUUUCUAUUAAAAAAUAAUCAAUCAAGAGAUAUUCAAAACAACUGUACGAAUAUUAUGAUGAAUAAUAAUAUGCCAUCAUCAUAUAUCUCUCCAGGACAAGCUUAUAAACUAAAUUCUAAUCAAAAUAUAAAUCACACCCAACAAAAAAAAUAA